AUGUCUCAAGGUACUAUUUUUAUACAUAAUUUUCUACCUAUUUCUUCACAUUAUGCAUCCUACAUUUCUCAAAGGCAAGUGGGUGAUAACCAAGCCUGGCUCAAUGUUACUGUUUGGUAUAAGAUGCAGCCUGUUUCUGUUUACACAAAUGGAACUGUAUUUGCCACAGAUGUAGACAUCACUUUUGUAGCUGUUACCAAAGAAACCAGUCCCUUGGAGUUUGAGUGGCACUUUGGAGAAGAUCCACCAGUGACAACAACUUCAAGAAGCAUUGAAAAGAAAUUUCACACCCCUCAGUGGUACCAUGUGGUGGUUAAGGCUUCAAAUGGGAUCACUAGAGUGGUCUCUGAGUCUCAUCCCAUUAAUAUCCAGAAGAAAAUUGUUGCAAAUCACCUGUCAUCCACCUCCUCUGCUCUAGUAAAUGCCACUGUGACCUUUGAGUGCAAAAUCAACUUUGGCACAGAUGUUAUUUACUUGUGGGACUUUGGAGAUGGCACUGUGAGUCUGGGAAAUAGCACCUGCUCUCAUCUCUACAGCUGGGAAGGGGAAUUUACCGUGGAGGUCCUUGCCUUUAAUGAUGUCAGCUCUGCCUCAUUAAGAAAGCAGCUUUUCAUAGUGCACACACCUUGCCAACCUCCACCAGUGAAGAACAUGGGACCUGGGAAGAUUCAGAUAUGGCGGUCUCAGCCAGUGAAGCUAGGAGUGACAUUUGAAUCUGCCAUUCUCUGUGACAUUUCCCAAGGCCUUUCUUAUACCUGGAGUUUAACAAAGUCUAAUGGAUCCCUUGUACCCCUCCCCUUAGCUAUUGACAUCCAUAGGCAGUCCUUCUCUCUUCCCAGCUAUCUUCUAGAGUAUGGAAACUACACAGCAGUUGCUAAGGUUCAGAUUGAAGGCAGCGUGGUAUACAGCAACUACUCCGUAAAGGUGGAGGUUCGUGCCAGGGCACCUGUCAGUGUCAUCUCAGAGGGCACACACCUCUUCAUCCCCAAGACCUCUUCCACCAUUAUCCUCAAUGGGUCCCAGUCCUAUGAUCCCGACUAUCCAGGCAUGCCCCUCAGGUACCAGUGGCUGUGUGCUCCCACCAUGGCCCCUGGGCACCCCUGCUUCACUGCAGAAACGCCUGGAGGGCUGAACGCUGCCACUCUGACCAUCGCCUUUGUAGCCAUGGACCUCAGCAAGGCCUAUGACCAGUUCCUGGUGACACUGAUCGUAUCCAGUGGUAGCCGCUCAUCUGCCGCAGCGGAGCUGUUCCUGUCUCUCCGCUCAGAGCCUGAGCUCAGAUUCAUCCAUAUAUCCAUGGUCAACUUUAGAAAUAGCUUUGUCAACUGGAAUGAAGAACUAUCUCUUCAAGCUGUAUGUGAAGACUGUGGUGAUGUGCAUAAUCUCUCUUACUCCUGGGACCUCUUCUUAGUCAAUGCAACAGAAGAUAACAGUCUGGAAGAUUUUGAAGCCUACUCUAGUGGUAUACAAGAAGCAACACCCUCAAAAGGAAGAGAAGCAGGGAGUAAUAUCAACUUUCCUGGACCAGAAACAAAUGGAAGUGAUGAUAGAGGCCCCAGUGCUGGGGAUAACCUGAUUGACCCAUCCCACUCCACAGGCAGUGCUGUACCAUCACUCAUGAUUGACUGGCCCAAGUCCCUAAUCAGCCAGGCUAUUUUCCAAAACUAUGCCUUGUCAGGUAUCACAGGACAAACUAUGACAAUAAAGCCAUUUUCACUGAGAAGUGGAGAGACGUACAUUGUACAAGCUUCUGUGGCUUCAAAACACAUCUUGCUGGGUAAAGCUCAACUGUACUUGAUGGUCAACAGAGCCCCCCAGGAUGUAGCUUGUCAGAUACAACCUCAUCAUGGCCUUGAGGCAUAUACCAUCUUCAGCAUUUUCUGCAUGUCAGGAAAACCGGACUUUCACUAUGAAUUUAGUUACCAGAUAGGAAAUGACUCCAGACAUAUUCUGUACCAUGGGAGAGAUGCCCAGUACUACUUUGCUUUGCCAGCUGGUGAGCAACUGGACAGUUACAGAGUCAUGGUUUCCACGGAGAUCACAGAUGGUGAAGGCUCCAGGUUACAUCCCUGCACUGUAGCAGUGACUGUGCUGCCCUGUUACCAUGGGAAUGCAGCCUCUACAGAUCUCUAUAAUUCCAGCCUGAAAAACCUUUCCACCCUUUUGCUGAUGGGAAGUUACAUGGAAAUCAGGAACUAUAUCACCAUGAUCACCAGGAUUCUAAAUCGUUUGACUAAGGAGUACCAAGGCAUUUCAUAUGGCCAGUGUUCACAAAUACAGGAUGCAUUCAUUUCUUCAGUGUGCAAAUUAGAUUUUGCAGAUCAGGAAGAAAUAAUGAAUUCUAUCCUUAUGUUGAAUGACCUCAUACGUCUUCCUGGAAAGUUAUCCUUCAGGAGUGCAGUGCUCAUCCUCAAAUACACUCGGAGGGUCCUUGCUCACAGCCGGCUGUCUGAGAGGCUUAUCAUUGAUAUACAAUUUGUAUCAGAGCUUGUCUCCCUUGUAUCUGGAGUCUUGGAGCGAUUGAACCAAGGAAAAUCAAGGAAUGUAGACUAUCUGCAAGAGGAAGGAAUUAAAGUCAUCUCGGACUUAUUGUUAAGCUCUCUGUCUGCAAGCAGUGAACCUCAACUUCACAUUGACACUAAAGAGAUGGAAUUCCAGGUCUGCCUUCAUUACAGCCAUCAAAGCACCAUACAGAGGGUUGGCUCUGCCUUUGUUCACUUACCUGGUGACCUUCCUGAACUGAGUGCUACUGGGACAGUCGUUCAGAAUCCAUGUUAUAUCAGCCAACUCAUAUUCUUCAAAGAGAAUUCAUACCCAGGGGGUCGAGCUUAUGGUCAGGUUGGAGGGGCUGUGAGCCUCCUUCUUUACAACUGCUCUAGUCAACAGCCAUUCAGUAGACGCUGGCUACAGACACCAGUGGUCAUUGAAUUUGGGGAAGAAGAUAGCCUAGUUAACAGGGGAAAUCAAUCAACAUUUACUUUGGCUCGAGAUGAAGUGAAUUUUCAUAAAUUAACUGGACUUUCUGAAAACCCCCAGGGAUCUCUACAGAUAAGAAUAAAAUUUUCUAAGGCUGUCUCAAGACCCUUUCCGAUAAUGUUACUAAUUAGAUCCUCCAAAAAGCCAACUCCCUCUGAUUUUUUGGUGAAACAGAUAUACCUAUGGGAUGAGCAAAUUGUACAGAUUUAUAUAACUGCCAUUUCACUGAAAGAUGCUGACUCAGGCUACUUGGCAUUACUGGAUGCUAACUAUGACAGAACACCUCCAAACAAAUAUUUAGCUAAAGCAGUGAACUACACAGUGGAUUUCCAGUGGAUCCAGUGCCUGUUUUGGGAUAAGAAAGAGUGGAAAUCUAACAUCUUCAGUCCACAGCCUGGAAUUUUUCCAGAAAAUGUUAACUGCAGGUAUGAUCACCUAACAACAUUAACUCUUGCAAGAAGAAAACUUAAUGCCAGUUUUGAGAUGAGCAACAUUUCUAAACUACAGAGUUACCCAGAAAACCUGAUUCCCAGUAUUUUCAUUAUGCUUUUUAUAAUUCUUUAUGGAGUUUUGCUUACCAAAAGCAAGAAUGUUGAUCAUCAUGAAAGAAAGAAAUUUGGUUGCAUUUUUCUGCAAGAAAGUUCCCCACCAAGCCAACAGCUGUAUGCAGUAGUCAUUGACACGGGUUUUCGCUCUCCAGCUCAGCUGACUGCAAAGGUUUACAUGGUUUUAUAUGGAGAAAAUGGACUUUCAGAAACCAAAGAGCUCUACUGUCCAGAGAAGCCCUUAUUUGAAAGGAAUUCCAGACACACCUUUAUCCUGAGCGUUCCUGGUCAUCUUGGCCAUCUUUGGAAGAUCCGCCUCUGGCACAACAAUUUUGGUCUUUCUCCAAGCUGGUACAUUAGCCACCUGCUGGUGAAGGAGUUGAGCACUGGGAAAAGCUGGUUUUUCCCUGCAGAGUGCUGGCUUGCUGCAGGACGAGGGGAUGGAAAGGUAGAGAGAGAGCUCAUCCCACUGUACCAAGGCCUUGGCUUCUGGAAGCUUCUAUACAUCAAGUUCACGGAGUACCUGGAGGAUGUGCAUACUUGGGUCUCUGUCUACAGUCGGCCUUCCUCCAGCUGCUUCCUGCACACACACCGGCUGUCCGUCGCUUUCUGCUUGCUGUGCGUGUACUCCUGUCUCACUGCUCUGUUCACAGCCGCACAAGACCAGCUCUCCCUGGACCUUGGCCACAUCCUUGUUAUCCUUGGUUCCUUCACAACUGGCCUCCUGUGCACUCUCGUGGCUACUCCAGUGGCACUACUUUUGUCAUUGCUCUUCCGGCUCAGUCAGGUACAGUGGCCUGGUGAGCCACUGAUUGAACUCUGCAAUUCUGGGGCCAGUGGUUCUCUUUUCUAUGUGUCCAGUGAUGAUGAAUUCAUCAUUAAGACAGUCCAGCAUAAAGAAGCGGAAUUUCUACAGAAGCUGCUUCCAGGAUACUACAUGAACCUCAACCAGAACCCUCGAACUUUGCUGCCUAAAUUCUAUGGUCUGUUUGACCUGAUGCGGUGUAUGCAGUGGCUGCAACUGCUCUGCCUCUCUGUAGUGGGCUGUGCUUUUGUUACCCAGCCACUGAUGAUAUUUUUGAUGGCUUUGAGUUUUGCUUUGAAGAGAAAAGACGACAAAGGCUUUUUCACUGACUCUUUGCAUAAUGCCACGAAGCAUUUGGAAUCUGAAUUGGAGCGACUUCCCCAGCAUCUUGUUCCCCUUUCUUCAAGCUGUGACAUUCCUACCUGUACCUGUGAAUUUGAAAAAAUACUGGCCACUCGUGAGCAAGCACGUCGUCUGCGCUGGGCUCAUCCACCAACCAGGACCCAACUGAAAGUUUCCAAGGAGAGGAUGAGGAAGGAGAUUCGUAUGCAAGCAGAUCUGAGAGACUUUCUCAUGUAUAUCCUUAUGGUGCUUCUGCUUAUGUUUAUAACAUAUGGGAAAUUCUCUUGGGAUGAAUCUGCUCUCAAUAAGGCUAUUCGGAGUAAAUUUACAAGCACUGAAAAGUCCUCUGGCGGCCUGAACAGCAUUGACUGCUGGUGGGAAUGGAGCCUGACCAGGCUCCUGGAUGGUCUGUAUGGGGCUAGCAUGCAUAGAGCCCAGUCUGGAGCUCUUGGAGGAAAAUACCAUCUAAUUGGUACAUUAGUAAUUAAACAGCUAAAUAUAUCUUCAAAUAAUUUAUGCAAGUUUCCCAGCUCCUUUACCAAAGACUCUCCUCCUGCCUGUACCCCUGAAGUGAGAUGGCCUGUUAAUUUCUGCAUGAUGGACCCAGAGAGACACAAGGUGUCCCCAAGCUAUCACAAGGGCUCUGGGGGGAAAGAGGACUGUGUGUUCCGCCUGGGCAGGACAAGACCUGAAGCCUACACAGCCCUGAACAAACUCAGGACCAUCCAAUGGAUCAACCAAGGCACCAGGGCUGUGUCUGUACACUUUACCCUCUACAACCCUCCAACUCGGCUCCUCACCAGCGUGUCUCUGAGGGCAGAAGUGCACCCCAUGAACCCCAUGCACCCCAUAGGGCAUCUCCAUCUCUCCUCUCAGGUGGAAUCCAUUAGUAUCUUCCACAAUGACUCGUCCCUGAGCUGCCCCCUCAUGGUUUCUGAGCUCAUCUUUCUUGUGCUCAACUUAAUUCAUCUCUGUUUUCAACUCUACAAUAUGAAUGACAAAGGCAUCCUAAACUACUGGCGAAAACCGAGCAACUGGCUAAAGCUUUCUGUGAUUGGAUUGGGUCUUGCCUACUAUGCAGCUUCAAGCCAUCUUGUGAUUCUUUCUAGAGACAUUCUUGACAAAUUUCAUAAGGAAUUCUUUGAAGAAUAUGUGGACUUCAGUCUUAUCUCAUCAUGGAAUCAGAAAGUUCGAUGGCUCCAAGGAAUCCUCUUAUUCCUCUUGAUAUUGAAAAGCACUUACCUUCUCAGCACUCCAAGGAUAUUGGUCUACAGCUUCUUCACACAGUAUCACUCGUUCUCCAGAAUCAUCAUGUCUGGGUUGAGAAGUUUUCUCAUGACUUUUGCCAGAAAAAGAAAAUAUUUUCAACAUGAAUAUCUUUUGAGACUUAAAGAUGUCAUUUCUCACACUUGGGGGAAGGCCCUUAUCUUCCUGGGUCUAGGAAGGCCAAUGUUGAAAGAAAUGCCAGUGACUGACAAUAAGAAUUACUACCUGGAUGAAUUUUCAGAUCUGUUAGAUGAACUGCUGUUGAAGAUUAAUGGUUUGUCUGACAACUUUUAUCACCCUAUUCUAAAGAGGGAAUCUAACAGCACAGUGGAUUCUAAGGCAGAAGACAAUCCCUUGGUGGGUGAUUCUGGCUACUAA